GAAAAAAAAAAAAAAAGUGAGAGCCAACAAGAAGUACCCAUUUACUGUUAUUUGCAGAAUAGGAUUACCAUUCAAAACACAGAGCUGAUUCACAUUUCCAAUUUGCAUCCUUUUUUUCACCAAUACCUGCUCUGCAUGCUUUACAUUUUGCUAACACAGAGACCCUUCACCUGGGCCUUUCUUUAAGUUAAAAAAAGUUUAUUUUUUUAGGGAUUGUUUAAAAAUGGUUAGUGAGAUAGAGCUUGAGCAGCAACUUAAAGAGACUGGGAAUGAACUUUUAGACCCUCCAUCAUCUAUUGAUGAGCUUGUGGAUUUGCUUGAUAAACUUGAGCAUUUGCUUAUAAAUGUGGAGCAAGAACCCUCAAGAUCAAUGCAAGAGGCAGUUUUACCCUCCAUGAAGGCCUUGAUCUCUGAUGCCCUCAUGAAGCACUCUGAUGAAGAUGUGAAGGUCUCAGUUGCAUCUUGUAUCAGUGAAAUUACAAGAAUAACAGCACCAGAGCCUCCUUACAGUGACGAGUAUAUGAAGGAAUAUUUUUAUUUGACUGUAGCAGCUUUUGAAAAAUUGUCCCAUGUGUCUGGUCGCUGUUACACGAAGGCAGUCUCAGUUCUUGAAACUGUUUCAAAAGUCAGAUCAUGCUUGAUCAUGUUGGACCUACAGCUGGAUGAACUAACUGUAAAAAUGUUUCAACACUUCCUGAAGAUUAUUAGGUCCAACCAUCCACAUGCUGUAUACUUAGCCAUGGCAACAAUAAUGACCUUGAUAAUAGAUGAAAGUUAUGACAUAUCGACGGAUCUUCUAACUGCUCUUUUGGCCAGUGUGAAAAAAGCAAAUCAGAGUGCUUCUCUUAUUGCAUCUAAGCUUGGGGAGAAAGUUAUAAUUAAUUCUGCUGCUAAACUUAAACCCUAUCUCAAAGAGGCAAUGCAGUCUGAAAGCAGAGCUUUUGAUGAGUAUGCUCCAAUAGUUGCUUCUCUAUGCCGGGAUGAGGCUCCUACUUUGGUUUGUCAUCAUGUCAAUGGUUCUGCAGACCAUUUGGUUACUAAGGAGCAGCCAUCACCAAAUGCUGCCUCACCUGGAGAAGUUCUCCAUGUUGUGGAUAUUAUUCCUAGGCCAACAACAAGUAAUGAAAAUGCAUCAGCCAGAAAUGCUGAAAAUGGUGUUAUUGAUAAUUCUAUAAAAAAACCGGAGCAUUGUUCUCUUAUCCAGCAUAAUGGAAGUGCUGAGGUGCAAGAAAAUGCUUAUUCUGAAGUUAAGCUGGAAAUGGAGCCCGAGACUGUCCCAAGGAAAAGAGGGUGGAAACCUAAUUUGUCAAUGAAUCCAGAAGAAGGCUACUUGCAUUGUUGGAUUCCUACGGGCAGAAAAGGCGUAAAAGUACCCCGUGAAAAGAAGUGUCCUAGCAAGAAAAUAGAUACGCGCUUAGGUAAUCCAGAUUCAAAGGAAUUAAAUCUGCCAUCAAUUCAUGCUACUGAACUCGUGAGAUUGACAUCAGAAACUGGCGGAGUCGCAGGUGCUUCUAUCCCAUCACCAGAUCAGAGCCUUCUUGGUGGAAUUCAACAUAAAAGAGGCCGAUUGAAGAAAUAUGCCAGCAAUACGAAUCACGAUGCUGAUCCUAGUUCCUUGCAAGUAUCAGAACUUUCAGAUUCUGAAACUGAGGAGAAAGCUCUAACUGAACAUGAAAUCAGCAUGAGAAAGCAAUCUGAAAGGAGUAACACAGAAGUAAAGCAACACAAGCGCCCAAGAAACAUGGAACUUGCUGCAAAGACUGCUAGAAAGACAUCGCAGCCUUCUGGAGAUCUAUUAUCAAAUGAGAAAGAUAACAUUGUGAGUGGACCUAAAGAAAAACUGCUGCAUCAGUCAACUCAGAUAGGACGAAGGAGCUCAGAAAAAGACAGAUUAACUAUCCAGAGAGAUACUAGGAAGAGAAACUUGGUGAUCAGUGUCUCAAAUGUAAAUGCUGCAAGGUCUAGAAUUAAGAAAACUAAAUCAUCUCUUAGAGUUGAAAAUUACAAGGAAGAAAUACCUGCAAACAGUAUCAAUCAGAAGCACACACCAAGGAAGGAAGUGCGUCUUGAAACUCCUAAUCCUAAAGAGCAAUUGACUGGCAGAAGAAUAAAAGUUUGGUGGCCAAUGGACAAGAAGUUUUAUGGAGGAAUUGUUCAAUCCUAUAACCCUAUUAGAAGGAAGCAUACGGUGUUGUAUGAUGAUGGCGAGUUGGAGAUACUAAAACUCAGAAAGGAACGUUGGGAACUAAUUGGAGAUGAUAAUUUGUUUGAUAAAGUGCAAAAAACUGAUCUUCCCAAUUCUUCUUUUGAUCGACUGCAGAAGAAGGGCGAAAUGAAAUCAGAGCCAGCCAAACAGCUGAAAUUUAGUUUUAAAAGGAGUGGAGGUGAUACCAUUUCCAAAAGAAAAGCUAGAACAUCCGGCAGCGAAAGUGCCAGUGAAGGUAAAUUGCCGAUCAAGAAGCCGAAGAUCCAAAGUACGACAAGUGAUAUCAGGUCUGAGCGGGUAACACCACUGAAUGCAAGUCCAUCUGAUGACGGAAAUCCUGAAAGUAUUCCAGAGAAUGAAAGUCGGUACAGGGAUGGAAGUCCUGGAGAUGCAUAUGAAUCUUCAGAUACUGCCACCCCGGAAGGGGAUCCGAUGCUUAACAGGAAAUUCACCGGACAACCCAGUAGGAGUGAGCAAGAGAGUGAAGGGAGAUCAGUGGACUCAGAUGAAACUACUUAACUUAAAAGUAUGUACAGAAAAAGAAGAAGCUUAGGCUAGAAAAUAUUAGUGAAUUUGGUUUUAGUACAGGAUAGUGUCAGUUUAAAGCCUUUUGACCUCAAUUAUGAUUUUGCAGCCUUUAGGACUCAGAUGUUGUAAUUCAACUCUUAUAUGGAGGUAUGAGAAAUUAGUAUCUUUAGUUCUUCUGA